ACGAGCGAGAGCUUAAAGGGUUAACCUGAACCGGAAACACUUUGUUCUGCGUUACGUCCUGUGGUUACAUAUUUGAAAUGCUCCAUGGCUCGAUACUUUAAAUUAAAAAACUCCCAAAUGUGAGCAAAAUGAAUUACAUGCCAGGGACUGCGAGCCUCAUCGAGGAUAUUGAUAAAAAACACCUUGUUUUACUUCGUGAUGGCAGAACGUUGAUUGGGAUCCUAAGAAGCAUAGAUCAGUUUGCUAAUUUAGUUUUGCAUCAAACGGUUGAACGUAUCCAUGUUGGUAAGAAAUUCGGUGACAUACCUCGCGGGAUAUUCGUGGUCAGAGGAGAAAAUGUUGUCUUGCUUGGUGAAGUAGAUCUGGAUAAAGAAUGCGAUCAAAUCCUCCAGAGAGUUUCCAUUGAGGAAAUUCUUGAGGAACAGCGGACCGAACAGCAAGCCAAGCAAGAGUCAGAGAGACUGAAGCUACAGGCGGUGAAAGAGCGAGGGUUGUCAAUCCCUAAAGCUGACACAUUAGAUGAUUUCUGAAACAAUUUCAAGUUUAGGAUUUCGAUUUUUGGUUUUAUUCAGUGGUUAUGUUUGGUAUGAGACAAUCUAGCUUUAAAAUUAUGCUAUGAUUGUUUAAUAGAGGAAAGACGAGAGACAUUUUUGUUUUACUAGUUGCUCUAAUGGCAGAAUUUUGAGAAUUGACCACCAUCUACAUAUUUGUAAUGCCGAUACCAUAGUGAAGUGGAUGAUGGCCCAAACUGAAGCACUUGGCCUGUUGGCUUUUAGUUUAAAAUGAGUAAAACCGUGAUAUAAUAUACAAGAAUGGUUUAUUUCAGUGUUAACUAUGUUCAAGAUAUGACGCUAUGGUUAUUAAGUUGGUAAUAUUAUGUGAAGCUCAUGAAACGACACUGAAAAUAUUUUUGUUCUAUUAAACCUAUUUUAUAUUGAUGCAGAUAUUUGUACUUUAAUUUACAUAGUUCAUUGCCUCUCAGAAACUUCAUAUAUCAAACAGAAUUUAAUGUACAACUUUGAUGUAUUUUAUGAUGAGUAUUUCAGAAGUUCUCUUAGAAACCAAUCAGCACAGAGGGCACAUUAAAUAUUUACUAACCAAUUAGUAUGUUUUUCCCCUAUAGAUGUAGAAUUAACUGUAUUGCCAUAGACUUCCUUGAUAUAUAGAAGUUUUGUAUGUGCCUGAGUGCCUUACUGCCCAGAUUCAAAGCCUUUCGUGUUAAACAUGUCCUUGCAUCAAUUGGUAGCUAGGGGGUGAUUUUGUAUUUGCUUAGUUUUGAGGCAAUCGUUAUUAGAGAGGAGGGCAUUAGAAUCUACACUUGUGUUAGACAUUAUGUUUGACAAAAGUUACAGAGAACAAAUUUGACUAAACUGCAAAUGCAUUAUUUUAGCUUCCUUAAGUUAAAGGUUGAGCUUAAUGGUAACUCUAGAGGUGUUGAUGUUUAUAUGACGCUAAAAAAAUCUUUCCUUGUCAGCUGUGUUUUUAUUUUUAUAAAUACCUCAAAAGAAGAGCAAUAUUACUACAGUAAUACACUAAAUUAAUUUGAUUAUAAAAGUUUACCUUAUUUAUUGUAAAAAACAAACAGGUGAUUAUCACUCAUAAAUAAUUUAAUCCUAAUGAGCAGGUGCUUUUUUAUCAUCAUGAAUAGUGAUACUUAUAUCAUGAUAAUAGAUCUGUCUGAAAUACAGUUGCUAAAAUACUAUUUUCAGUUUGUUUCAGUGUUCUUUGGUCCAGAGCAGUUUUAUUUUUAUAUUAUAUUUAUAUAGUAGUUGGCCUACUGUGUGUGCAUUUUGUUAUGUUAUAACACUUUCCCAUAUCCCUUAAUAUAUAUAAGAACUAUAAGAAAGCAGUUCGUAAGUUUAUUUCCUCAAAAAAAAGUGUAAAACUGUGGCUCAAUUGCGCUUACCAAAAUUGCUGUUUGUUUUGUAGCAGCCCAACUAGACACAGCAACAUCGGCUCGACCGAUGCCAUGAGUUUGGGGUUGGAUAAUUUAUUUUUUCUUGACUAGUGCCAGAUGGAGGGUGUAUUUGAAAAGCUGUUGGAACAGCAUUUAUUUUUUCAAUGCCG